UGCGUCUGCGUCAGAUGCUUUCUGGGAGAAUUUCCAAAUAUAGUAUCAAACUGUCCAUAUAUAUUUUGACGUCAUUUGACUCAUUCAGGCAGAAAACAUUUGUGGAAGGUUACUUGCAUUGCCCCCUGAUACCAUCUCGGACCACAAAAGAUGAGGGAGUACAAGCUAGUUGUACUAGGCAGUGGUGGUGUGGGCAAAAGUGCUCUGACUGUUCAAUUUGUACAGAAUAUUUUUGUUGAAAAAUAUGACCCAACAAUUGAAGACAGCUACAGAAAACAAGUGGAAGUUGACGGACAGCAGUGUAUGCUUGAAAUCCUAGAUACAGCUGGUACUGAACAAUUCACAGCUAUGAGAGACUUGUACAUGAAGAACGGACAGGGGUUCCUUCUGGUGUAUUCCAUCACAGCACAGUCAACAUUUAAUGACCUAGCAGACCUGAGGGAACAGAUUCUUAGAGUCAAAGACACAGAUGAUGUGCCUAUCAUCAUUGUUGGAAACAAAUGUGAUUUGGAGGACGAGCGAGUAGUUGGGAAGGAUCAGGGUAAUAACUUGGCCCGAAACUGGAGUUCAGAGUUUCUAGAAACAUCAGCAAAGGCCAAAGUGAACGUGAACGAGAUAUUUUAUAAUUUAGUCAGGACGAUAAACAAAAAGAAUCCAGAAAUAAAAGGCAAAAAUAAAACCGGAAAGAAAAAAGGGGGCUGCGUUCUACUGUAGAAGAGCGCCAAUCAUCAUUUAAUCGCAUGCAUAUUACAUGGUGUAUAGAAAAAUAUCCAUAUGAGAUGUUGACCACUCGCCACGGUGCCGAGAGUAUAUCUAAAAUUCAUGGACUCAAAUAUUGUGACAAGAAAUACUUCUUGCUUCCAGGUACAACUUUGAAUGUCACCUAGCUGUGUAAAUUUACGGGGCCAUACUUGACUAUUAAGAUACAUCUUAUACGGAUACAUGUCCUGAAACGUGUGUACCAACGUCGGCGUUUGGAGACAGUGUCACUUGUACCGUCAUAUAUAUAAAGAUAAACUUUUAAAUUUGUAUUAAGGGUAUCUGGCUUGCUUGAAAACUUGCAGUUCCAAAGAGUGUUUGAUAAAGCCGGUACAUUGGUGAAGAUUACGUGUUUGAGGACUCUAGACGCUGACGAUGUGUGUAUUAGGAAUGUGACUUGGUUGCAGUGGAUUGAGAGCUGACUUGGUGCACAGAAUGUUACAUGGAUCUGUAAUUUUUGCUUAAUAUAUUUUUAUAGGCAUGGUAAACAUUUAGCUGAUUGUUACAGUCAUUAUACACAGUAUGCAUAGCACAAGGAAACAUUUAUGCAAAUCAGAAAGUGAACCGAAACUACAUAUGUGUUGGUCACUAGGUUUGUACAGCAAUGUGUAUGUAUUAUCGGCUUGUAUCUAAAUAUUCAUAUGCAAUGAGAUACUCCCUGUUCUUUGCUAUGAUAGAUUAAUCUCUUGUAACCUGGAAUGGCCGUGUAUUACUUGGGCUGUAGAGAUUGAGCUGGGAGGAUGAGUGUAAGCUACAUCAGAAUUAAGCAGAUGCAAUUGAUAACGAGAGCCAGUACCUUAUUUGUAUACGGUUUAGUAUGUAUGUAAAACUGGAUCUAGUGAAAUGUUUUUAGACCAGUAUUACUUUAGUGUACAUUAUAGAGGAAGUCUCAAUAAUCUUAAACAUGUACUAAACUCAAGAUAUAGUUACAGUGUUUCAACACUGGUUCCCCUACAAGGAACAUGCUAUCAUUUCUCUGUCUAAUAAUCACCAUUUUAAUUCCAAUUAAGGAGAAACAUUAUUUAGAUUUACUUAUAUGGAUAUAACAAUCCUUGAAUGAGUAGAAGGUUGAAUUACAGACACAUAUGCCAUACAUGUGUGUCUAUACAGAAUGGCACCGUACAAUCGACUGCGUGCCACACAAUGUGCUUGAUGCUCCAUUUCAUAAUGUCACAAUUCAGUAAAAAAUACAUUAUUGUGGUAAAUGUGCUGUUUGAGAACUGCAAAACAAACUAAAAAGCAAGAUAGAAAUUCUUUUAGGAUAAUGAUAUCAUUCCAAUAAAAUUGAUGAUUGUGUGUAAGACCAAUUUGAGUGGAGUCAAGUUUUCCUGCUGGUUGAUAUUGAGAUAUACAAGUGUUACAUUCAGUACCAUCCUCCUCCAUUGUAUCUUGUGAUCUAUGCAGUAGGCAGUAGGGUCUUCUUGUAAGUCAUGGGCAGUUAUUAUUCAUGUUUGAUCUCCUGUCAGAUUUCAAAUAUUUAGACUAUGCCGGAAUGAGAGACAGUAAAUCAAAAGGAUAAACCUCGUAAUGGAAGGAGUAGUUGAGAAGACGACUUAUAUUUCAGCCUGGCUUUACCUUUGUGCAAAAUUUGCUUAUGACACCUUUUCCCUUUGAAUUCCACAAAGUUUUUCUAUUUUCUUUUUUCGUAUUGUUUUAAUGUGUGAAAUUUGAAACCUCCUUUCCUGUGUCUGUAACAGGGAUAUGAACGUUUUCACUGCCAGAAUGCACUGCUGUUAGAGCACGUUACAUUACAAUGAACAACGAUAGUUGUAGGACCCAGAAUUGUUUGUAGAGCAGUAAGGUAGAUUGUGAUAGCCUCUGGUUGGGUGUAGUCCGUUACUGUCACUUUAGUGUCACUGUUUCCCUAUGGUAUGUAAUUAUCAUUUCUGUACUGACAGAUUUUCACUUUUUCACAUAAAACUCCUGAAUCAGGUCAAUGGUAUGAUCAAAUUAAUGUUUUCGUCAGCAAGCUGUACAAAUUAGGUAUAAAAUUGCUGCCGUUUCAUUGUACAUGCAGUCCCAGAGAAAAAAUCUGUACAAUACAAAGAUCAAUAUGCUAAUUCUUGCCUUUGAAUUCAAGGUAUUGGCAAUUAAUUCACUUAAUUAUUACCUGAUCUUCGGGAUUAUCCUUUUAAUUGAAAAUAAUGUAUAUUUUUAACAGAGAUUUCUUGGCAUUUGUAAAUACAUUUCAUAGAUUUAUUUAAUCCUUUAACAUAUGUAUCUCUUACAUGUAGUUACUUUUGUGAUAUUAGGCUUUAAUCUGGCCCUUUCUUCUCUUUGUAUGUAUCACUUAACCCUUGUGGCAGUUUCAUUUUGCAGAAAAAUGCGCAUUGCAAAUUACCACUGUUGUUUCGAACAUUGUUUGUGCAUUUUCUGUUCCUAUUCAAUAUAUGUUCUUCAGAUUUUGAACGUUGUAAACUAACUUAACUAUUUUGAUUUAAUUAUCAGUUCAAAAUAUUAUGUGUAGGAUCUGUUUUGUGUUUUACAUUUUGUAAAAAUAAAAAAAACUGUAUAUCAAAGAACUUAACUAAUUUAUAAGGUUUGUCUAUAUAAUGUUGAAUGAUAAAAUGAAUGACUGUUGUUUUGGCAAUAAAUUUGAAAUGUAAGGCAAAAAAAAAGACUUGAAAAUUUGAAAAUCAUGAGAAAUAAUAAAAGGUUAAUGAGUUUGUAACAUUUUCAUUUCAACUAUUCAUUUUUUAUUGGUUUAUGUCAACCCUUAGAUGUUAUAAUUAUGAUUUGAAACACCCACAUAGCUUUGAUUUUCUGCUGGGUGGCUGGGUCACAACUGAGUGCUCUGGUCCUUGUAUUCAACUCUGGGUGCUCGCAAUAUCGUGAACUUGAUUCAUUAGCUGAAAGCUUCAACAUACACAACUGUUCAAACUGUACCAAUUUUAAAUUUUUAAUUAAUAAUAAAUAUGUACACAACGA